AUGUCCCUCGACGACCCCCUCGCCGAGUCGGGCGUGACGAUGCGCUCCGACAGCGAGCAGUACUCGCCCGACGGCGCCGACGACGAACUCUCCACCUCGCCGGCGUCGACAUCGAGCUCGCCCGUCAUCCUCUACAGACCCCCGACCGUGUGGUCGCUACUGCGCGGCACCGCCAUCAACAUCCUGCUGCCGUUCAUCAACGGCAUGAUGCUCGGCUUUGGCGAGCUGUUUGCCCACGAGGCGGCGUUUCGGCUGGGAUGGGGAGGCACCAAGGUCUUUCCCCUGACGCGAAGAGGAACACACUCGAUUGGACCCGGCGUCGAGGUGCGCGAGAAGCGAAGGGUACCCGGCGUCUCGCUGAGUGAUGUUUCGAGUCUGGAGUAA